GCCGCACCUCACGCACUGACGCACAUGUAUGCGUGUGUAGGCACCUAAAUUCCCUGUCAUCCACUCCGCACCUGCUCGCGCUCACUCUAUUUAAACGCCCCGACUCUCCCCUCUUCCCUCGCUCGCUCCUCUCUCCCGACUCCUCUGCUCCCCUGCUCCGUCGUCCAAGUACGAUCGCCUCCUGCUCCUCGCAGCUCGCUCUCCGGCCAUGGCCUUCCAGUCCCCCGUCGGCUCCCCCUUCGACUGCCUCCUCAUAGACCUCGACGACACGCUGUACCCGGGCAACACCGGCAUUGGCCCCGCCCUGAGGCGCAACAUCGACGAGUUCCUCGUGGCCCGGUUCGGCCUCGCCGCCGACAAGGCCGCCGCGCUCCGCGCCGACCUCUUCCGCUCCCACGGCAGCACCCUCGCCGGCCUCAUCGCGCUCGGCCACGACGUGCACCCGGACGAGUACCACAGCUACGUGCACGGGAGGCUGCCCUACGACAUGAUCACCGCCGACCCGCAGCUCGCCGUCGCGCUCCAGAGCAUGCCCCAGCGCAAGAUCCUGUUCACGAACUCGGACCGCGCGCACAUGAAGAGGUCGCUGGAGCGGCUAGGCGUCGACGAGGCCUGCUUCGACGGCGUCGUGUGCUUCGAGACCAUGAACCCGCACCUCUUCGGUGAGGACGCGGAGGGGGAGAAGGGCGAGGCCGCCGACGUCGACCGCCCAGCCGUUGUCCUGAAACCGUCCGUCCACGCCUUCGUCACCGCCCUGCGCGUCGCCGGCACAAACCCACGCCGAACGCUCUUCCUCGACGACAGCGAGAGGAAUAUCGCCGCGGGGAAAGCUCUCGGCCUCCGCACAGCCCUGGUUGGCAAGAGGGCGAGGAGCAAGGAGGCGGACUACGCGCUGGAGACCAUCGGCGGCCUCCGGCGAGCCAUCCCGGAGAUCUGGGGCGCCGACGGCGAGCUCCAGCCCGACCACAACGUGGAGAAGAACAAGAGCAUGAGGGCCGACCUGGACGCCGUCAUCCAGCCCACCUCCAUCCAGGCAUGAUCAAUCGCGUCCUGAUCUCCAACAACUCCAAUCCAGACGACGCAACAUGUCCAUAAUGUCUAUGUGAUCAUUCUGAUUGAUUCCUGAUGCUUAAUUAUGCGCGUGUACAGUUCGUAUGCAUGUACAGUAAGAGUACCUACUAGUAGCUGACGGACGGACGGACAGACAGAUAAGAAUCAUGUAUGAUUCUGAUCAGCACCGUGUCGUAAAGCAACAAAUCAAAGCAGUUUAAUUGCAGGACGAGUCAUGUGUCAGUGUGUCACAUGUACUACGUGCGCUCUUAUACUAGCUUCUUUAUAUGAUCUAUCUAAUCUAAUCUAUCUACCUGUUUGAUGUU